GCAGGAUCAACGUACCCUCUGCAAGCGGCCCUAAGACACGGCGGCUCCAGAGAACAACCCACCACCGCGACCCUUCUUAUCAACCCCACAAAAGAAGACGACGAAGCACUUUUCCGAUGCGAGGUCUGGAACAGAGCCCUCCCCGAUGACAACAAAUUAAUUUCAAAGAUGACCCUCAGCGUGAACUAUUUUCCACGUGUCGAAGUAGGGCCGGAAAACCCUCUACGAGUCGAAAGGGAUUCCCAAGCCACCCUCCGAUGUGCCGUAGACGCCAAGCCUAAAGUUACGACCAUACGGUGGACGAGAAACAACAGGUUUAUCAGUUCAUCCCACAACCACACGAUACAUAGGGUGAGCAUCCAAGACGCUGGCAAAUACACGUGCGUAGCCGACAACGGACUAGGAAAAGUCGGAGAAAAGGAAAUAACUUUGGACGUAAUGUACACUCCAGUGGUAACCAUUGGAACCAAAACCAAAGAAGCGGAAGAAGGAGAAACAGUCACUAUCAAGUGCAACGUAAGCGCCAAUCCUCUACCGUCAACGAUCGAAUGGAUAAAAGAUGGUAAACCAGACUUCAGGCAAAGUGGAGACACUUUGACGUUAACUCAAGUAGCAGCUGAAUAUUCCGGAACUUACAUCUGCCGAGCUAUCAAUGUUAUCACCCCUAGCGCACCACCUCUCAGAUCUACUGAAAAAAUCGGCAAUGCAUCUAUAGCUCUAUUAGUUCGUCAUCGUCCUGGCCGUGCUAGAAUCAUGCCAGAUAAACCCAUCGCUACUGAAGGCUCUUCGGUUAGUUUAACCUGUACAGCAUCUCCUCCUGGUUGGCCGGCACCUCAGUACCGAUGGUUCAAAAUUGGUUUAGACGGACAAUCAACAAUACUUGCUACUGGGACCAAGUAUACCAUAACUAACGCCAAUUUAGCCACCGAAGGUGUCUACAACUGCCAAGCUACCAAUGAACUAGGUCCAGGCGAAAUGGCUUCUGUAGAUCUAGAAGUUUACGUCCCCCCAAGCUUCAAAAAUAAAUUAAAACCACUAGAAAUGAAAAGAGUAGGGGAAAGCAAUUUUGCAGUAGCUUGCAGCGCUAGAGGUAAACCAAAACCGGUUGUAAAAUGGUUGAAAGAUGGAGAAGAACUUACUGCUGAUGCCAAUAUGUUUGAGGUUAAGACUGAUUAUUUAGAGACCAGCAAUAGAGCUGUCAGUGUCCAAAGUGUUCUGAAAUUCUCCGGAAAGGCUAGACCAAACGGCAAUGAAUUAGUACCAUCUGAUAGAGGCGUUUACACUUGUACUUUUGAAAAUGAGGUUAAAAAGUCUGAAUCGGCGAUGCACUUGAAAAUUGAACAUGAGCCAAUAGUAUUGCAUCAUUUCAAUAAAGUAGCUUUCGAUACUGGCGAAAGAGCAGAGGUUCUAUGUAAAGUACAAGCAUUUCCCAAACCUGAGUUUAAAUGGUUUUUUGGUUCCAAUGUUAGUCCGCUACAUUCCUCAACCGAGGGACACUAUGUUGUGCAUACCUCCAGCGAAGAAGAUACAUACACCAGUAUUCUCAGGAUUUCAAGUAUCAGAAAAGUCGAUUAUGGAGACUAUACCUGUCAAGUUGUCAACAGCCUUGGAACGACAGAAACUAAAAUUAAAUUACAACCAAAGGGACCACCAGAAAAGCCUACCAAACUAGUAGCUUUACAUCACGGGCACAACUUUGUUACACUUGGAUGGGAACCCGGUUUUAACGGUGGAAUUGCCAAUACAAAAUAUUUCGUAUCGUAUAGAAAAGUAGCAAGUGAAAGUGAUAUCAUCAUUGAAGGAUGCAACAAUGUUGCACGGUCUGGAGAUUGGAAUGAAGUUGAUUGCCUUCACAGCGUGCCGUGCAACGUAUCUCAUCUCGAACAAUACCAAAGCUACCUUUUCAAGGUUAAAGCAUUUAACACCAAAGGAGUAAGUGAAAAUUCACAGGACAUUCGCGAAAGGACAAGGGUCGAUAUUAUUCCAGUGCCACAAAAAGUAGAAUAUGACAAAAAUGCCAACGCCUUAUCAAUAAACGUACCACCAACUUGUCUUCCCCUAGUGGCGGUAGUAGAAGCCGUCAGUAAUGAACACCAUCCUAUUACAGCAUGGCAGGUUAUAGAUACCUUGGUCCUGCAAGUAUCAGGAUUGGUGCCAACUUUCAAGGAGAAAAAUUUAAAUCAAAUGACUUCUAUGUAUUACAGAGGAAGGGCUUUGGUUGAUGAACCUAUCGGAGUUAAUGAUGAAGAUAGUCCUAAAAUUAGAGUCAAAUUAUGUCUUCAAACACAUCCUGAACAUUGCAGCGACUUUGUAGAUGCUGAAUUUGGUACAGGAUUCAUUAGGGAAGCUUCAGCAUUAGGAACACCAACGAUAAUCGCUAUAAUUGUAGCUUGCAUCGUGUUACUCCUUUUGGGAGGUCUUCUCUUCGUGUUCUGCAGAUGCAGAAAGACUGAAUCUAAUAAAGCACCUCAAACCAAAGACUACGAGAUGGACUCAUCGGAACCAACGAUCAUUCCACAACAAAACCAAGCUCCUCCCCCAUACUAUCCUUCAUCCGGCAUGGACAAUAAAGCUCUUGAACAUUCGUUGGAUUUAGCUCUGGCUCUUGAAGAACAAAAGUCUGUGUACGCGACGCAAAAUGGUUAUGGAUAUCAUGUGGCAAAUGCAGAUAUUCAAUCUAGACAGAAUUUGAAUAACACUGACUGGGCUAAUAUGGGUUACAUAGAAAACAGCUACUCGAAUUCAAACAAUGGCGGUAGCGUAAAUUCACAAGACUCCUUGUGGCAAAUGAAGAUGGCUGCCGCAUCAACAAAUUCAAAUAACCAGCUUCAACAACACCAUAUCAAUGUAGAUAGACAAAACACUUAUGGAUAUGAUCCUAUAACACAUGGUGGUUAUGGAGCAGUAGACGACUAUGCCCCCUACCCACAUAUAACUACUCAAAGUAACCAUGGUGACGAGUAUAUAAGAAACAGUAAUAAUCCGUCCAGACAAGACUACUGUAGUGACCCCUACGCCUCAGUUCAUAAACCAAAGAAACGUAUUGAACAGCAUAUAGAUUCUCCUUAUCAUGACGUGAGUGGUUUGCCAGAUCCCUACUUAGACCAGAUAGAAGACGAAAAACCUCCACAGCACAUGUCUCUAAAUUAUGAAGAGAGUUUGGAAAGUGGAUAUUCGACACCCAAUUCCAGAACAAGAAGGGUCAUUCGGGAAAUAAUUGUUUAAAAUUACAUAAAUUUUGCAUCAAAAUAUCACCCACUCCGAAUUUCUUUUCAGUUUAUAUUUUUGUCGAAUGUUAUCUUCUUGAGUACCUGACGGACUUUUCGUCUAAGUGUUGCUGAGUUACCCUUCCUUUAAAAAUUAGCACAUUUUCUUCAUAUACAGAAUGCCCUGUCAUUGUCGAAUAUAUUUAACUUUAAUUGGGCAUCCUGUAUAUUUGCUGGGUCUUGAUGAAAACAUGUAUUUUGAACAUUAAAUCUAGUAAUAACUGUGACUUGCUCUUUGGUGUUUUCAAUGUGCAAAAUAUACACAAUAUGUAUACAGGGUAUAAUUAUUGUAUGAAAUAGAUGUUAAACAAAAAAAAGAUAUAAAAUAGCGUUACCCUAUAUUUCAAAUAUUUUUGACCAAAUUCAAUAUGUGUACCCCGCGAUCUCCCUAGGGCAUCAAUAUUCAGCACCUUUUAAGUUUUCAAAAUCUUUAAUUUUUAUAUAUAGUAUCUUUGAUGUAGACUAAAAUGAUUUAAUAAUAUACUUUUUAUUUGAUCUUUACUCUAAUAAGCUAAAAAAAAAAUGAUCCAAAGAUAUGUAGAGUCUGACGCAAUCUCGACAACUUUGUGGUGAUGAAAACCUUUAUGAAAUAUUUAAUCCUUUAUCAUAAGUGAGAAAGGACCAGAGGAUUUAUAGGAUUAGCUUCGAGCAGCCAAUCGUUUCAUCCAAAAUCAUUUAUAAAUAAAAUUUUCUAUCAUAUUCUUGAACUCGCAUUAGAUCAUUUGCUAUUUAAACAUUAUUAAGGUCUCAACCACUUUCUUGAAAUUACUAUUUUACUUUUUAAAUAUGCAUAGUUUUCAGAUGAUGGUUGUCAGUCACAGGUCAUAGAAUGGCCUACAAUUUUUAUAUAUUUUUUGCGACCUUCUUUUCAUUUUCUUAGUUUACCAUUAUGGUGUAUCCGUUUUAUUAGACCUAUUACCUUUAUACAGAUCCAACCUCUGUUAUACGAACAAGGUAAACGUGAUGACCAAAUUACCCUUGUCCGCAACUGUCAUUGCAAAACUUAUACUUUUGACAUUUUUGGCAUAACUUUUAUAAAUAUUACAACACAAUUUUGUAUAGUAAAGAAUAUUUUUAAAUUAAAUGCGAAAAAAGAACAAAAAUAAUAUAAUCAGACCGAAAAUAGUGUUUCAACAAGGCAUUCGUAUAUAUUCGUAUAUACCUACUAAAUUUAUAAUAACUUUUGAGUGUCAAAAUAGUGCAGUAGGUAAGCUUGAUAGCUUGUCAACCUACAGCCCACCAUGGUGGAUGACAGCUGUCAUUCAUCAUGCAAUCGACUAAUCUAUGCUAAUGAUACCUAG